AGAACUUGUGCCUGCUGAACCUUCAAAAUCAAAUCUAGUUCCUCUAGCUAUCUACAUAACACUUGGUUUACUACUUGGUCUGUCAUUAAUCAUCCAUGGCUUUCUAGUCUACAAACUAUUGAAAUGCAGGAAGAAAAAAGAUUUAGCUGUGGAAACUAAAGAAAAACCUGAGAAAAUUGAAAUUAUAGUAACAUGUGAAGGUACUGAGAAAAAAUCAUCGCAAGUAGAACUCCAGCCACUUGUGGAAUCAACCACUGACCAGCCUACCACAGAGACUGAAGACACACAGGAAGGCACGGAAUCCAAUGGCACAACGACACCGAAAGAUGAUCAAGGAGUUGAGAAUGAGAAAGACGCCAAAGAAAGUGAAACUGAAGGGAAAUGCAGCAGUGAAUGCGGUGGUUUGAAACAAGMAAAAGAUCAAACAAAGUACGUGGAGUUACCUCAGAAUGAAGAAAAUGACAAAGCUCCAGCCCGUCCCAAUKCAGAAGGAUGUUUACUCAUGUAGCUCUUUUAAUUAGAAGAGCCGURUUUUUUUAGCGUAAGAACUUGUUCUGAACCGCGGAUGCUGUAACUUGGCUCCUUUUAUGUCAAGAGCCGGCUUUUUAGCAUAAGAACUUGUUUUGAAAUCUUGAAACGCGAGUAUUUAAUCAGUGUAAGUGUGCUUGUUCUACUGCUUUGCUAUUUUAUUACAAUACGAUACUAUUGAGAUUAAAAAUGUUUUAAAAGACUAAGAAAUUUCAGAAAUUUAUCAAUCAAUGUAAUGCUUUACAAAUGGUUACUUUCUUAAUAAAGGUUUAUUCUCACAAUUAA